UAAAUCAGGCCAUGGGAAUGGAAGAAAAGACAUGAUAGAGGAAAGAAAUCGGAAAACAAGUAAAUAGAGAAACGGAAAAAAAUGCUGAUCAAAAUUCAAGGGUAGGAAAUAUUAUAAUUUGAGGGAUAUGAUAAAAUUCAAAUAUCUGUAGCAGAAUAAUUGUACUUUUAUGUUGUGCUACAUGAUGGCGAACCACCACAGUCAUGGGGCUAGACCAGAUGAAACUGAUCAAAUGGCACCACCCCAAUAUCUUAAAGUGUUCAUUCAAAGAGACUACAGUGAAGGUACCUUAGUUAAGUUUCAAACUAGAUUCCCACAAGAAUUGGAAGGAAGAUUGGAGAAACAAGUUUUUGAAACAACUAUCAACAAAUUAAACGCCUAUUUUCAAGAAGCAGAAAGAGCAACUUGCUCAUCAUAUUGUGAAGGAUGCUUAGCAUGUUUAACAGCUUAUCUUAUUUAUCUAUGUAAAGAAACACACUAUGAAAAGAGUUUGAAGAAAAUAUCCAAAUAUAUAGCAGAACAAAAUGAAAGGGUUUAUGAACCAAGAGGUUUGAAACUUACUGAUCCAGCAAUGAGGGGACUUCGUGUAAUAGAGAUCAGCUGUCUGGAUAGGCCACCCAACGCAUGACUCACACUUUCUCAUUCAACACAAGAAUUUUUUAUGUGAAAAAAGUGAAUAGACACCAUGAGUGGUGAAAUGAAAAUGUAUUCAAUUAUUUAAAAAUUUCACUGUAGGUUUGUUCAUUACUUAACAAUAUGAAGAAAUGAAGCUCUUAUUUAUGUAUAUUUUUUUAAGAUUUAAUGAAUGUGAUUUAAGAUUAAGACAUUUGGAAGAAAUAUAUAUAGCUCAUAAUAUA